GAUUACAGCACUAGCCCCCCCGCCUGCCUUAAUGCCCGCGCGCCAUCACUUGCUGGGGGGAGCUCUGCCGAGACACGCACGCUGCUGGAGAUAGGCAUCCAGACACGGCACCACCAGUCCACCACCACCACCACCACCACCGUGACGUGAGUGCCCGAGCGCGCGGCCGCCAUCAGGCUCCCCCGUCGUCCUCGCCGGGCGGCUAGGUCAGAGCCGGGAGAGGCGGGGGCCGGCGGCGCUAGGCUAGGCUAGGCUAGGCAGCGGCGUACGUGCGUGGCCGCCGCGCGAUCGGCAUGGGCGACGGCGAGGCGGCGGUGCCGAGCAGGUUCCGCACGGUCUGCGUCUUCUGCGGCAGCAACGCCGGCCGCCGCAAGGUGUACGCCGACGCCGCCCUCGAGCUCGGCCACGAGCUGGUGCGGAGGGGCAUCAACCUCGUCUAUGGCGGCGGCAGCAUCGGUCUGAUGGGCGUGAUUGCUCGGACGGUUCGUCACGGCGGCUGCCAUGUCCUCGGGGUGAUUCCUAAAGCGCUCAUGCCUAUUGAGAUAUCAGGUGAAAGCGUGGGAGAGGUGAGGGUCGUGGACGACAUGCACCAGAGGAAAGCCGAGAUGGCUCGUCAGUCCCAAGCCUUCAUCGCUCUCCCAGGGGGGUACGGGACGAUGGAGGAGCUGCUGGAGAUGAUCACCUGGUGCCAGCUCGGGAUCCAUGACAAACCAGUUGGGUUGCUGAACGUGGACGGCUACUACGACCCCCUGCUCGCCCUGUUCGAGAAAGGCGCCGCCGAGGGUUUCAUCAGCACCGACUGCAGCCAGAUAUUCGUCUCGGCGCCAACCGCGAGCGAGCUGCUCACAAAGAUGGAGCAAUACACGCGGGUGCACCAGGAGGUAGCCCCAGCGACGAGCUGGGAGAUCUCGGAGCUCGGCUACGGCAGAGGAGGAGACGCCGGCGCCGCCACGCCGCCAGCAGCAGCAGCAGGAGGAGCAGAAGAGGGAAAAGGCGGCUCGUAGCACCCACAUCCAUCUCCUGAAGCGUUACCUUCCUCCACCUACUGCUUGCUGAUGUGAUGACGCGUCUGUUACGGUUUCCUGGCAAAUUUGUUUCGUCAAAGUCGACCUCUCCAAAGUCCAAAACCCGGUUGAACCAGGUGCCGGGUCGGGACGUACUGGGGAGACGACGAUGAUAUCUCUGUGUUGGGUGCUUGGAUUGUGUAAGCUUGCUGCUGCUGGUACUAUUCUUGUUUUCUUUACUUUUUCCCCGGUGUGUGGUGCUUGUGGAAAUGGAAUCUGUGCUGGUGCAUUGCAGUGCA